AUGGAAGAUACGGUCAAUUGUUUUGAGAAAUUUAGACUCACUGAAGAAGAGAAGGGUUUUGUAAUUGGUAAAGGGGAUGUGGCCAGGAGAAGGGAGGAAUGUGAACGAAGUAUUUUGGGGAAGAUUUAUGGGGUUAAUACAGCAAACUUCUUUGGGGUAAGGAAUCAAUUUUCGAAGAUUUGGAGUCCUACAGGGAGAUUGACGGUGGCGGAGUUAGGAGUAAAUUUCUUUCAAUUUACUUUUCCAGAUCUAAAGGAAAGGGACCGAGUGUUAUCAGGGGGACCAUGGUUCUUUAAGGAACAAUUGAUGGUGAUACAUCCAUGGGCUGAGAAAUUAGAGGAGGAUAAAGCAAAGUUCGACCGGGCAAACAUGUGGGUUCAAGUUCAGGGUCUCCCAAGUCACUGGGUCUCAAAGGAGGUUGGCUGGAAGCUAGGUAAGCUCUUCCCCAAUUGUUCUAAUGUCUUAAUUCCAGAAAGUGGCAGUAAGUGUGGUAGAAUUAUUAAAAUCUAUGUAGAAGUGGAACUGAAUAAGCAGCUCGUGAGGGGUACUAAGUUAACACUUGAGGGUGAAACUCGGUGGUUGCAAUUUAGCUAUGACAAUCUACCUCUUUAUUGUUAUUAUUGUGGUCAUGUUGGGCAUAUUGAAAAGCAGUGUGAGACAAAGAAGGAGGAUGCAAAAAGAGGUACAAUUGAUGAGGAACAAUUUGGGGAUUGGGGGGAGUUGGGAGGUCAGAAAGUAAUUAAAGAUGCUAGUGGAGACAGUUUGAGUGACAACCCUGUCGACAGGGAGGCGAAUGUAAAGGAUCAUGCACAAAUGGCACCUCAGUGGCAGGAAAGGUGUUGGGGAGUGAGGGAAAUCAAUUCUGAAGCAGAUGCUAAAGUGGUUGUGGACGAAAAUAAUCAUAAGGAACUGGACGGGGGAAAACGGUGGAGGAGGAGAGGCAUAGGUGGGAAAGGGGAGAGUCAACCUAUGGAGGAAGGAAACAUCAUGCCAGGAAACAAUGAAAGAGUCUUUGAUCAAGAAAGGGAAGGUGGAAGAGACACUGUCUAA